UCGUCCACUACAUCGGACGCGCACAGGGAAACUAGCGAAACAGAGAACGGGGGAAUGGAUUUUGGUCCUUCGAGUAUAAUCUUGUAAACAACAGUUUUCGUUGCAACCUUCACUCGUUAGAAUGUACUCUAUCAAAGUUUAACGGUGUAAGGCUAUAAUUAAGUGGAAUUAAACGCGUUAUUAUGGUCAUCCCAAGUGCGAUUUGUAUUAAACGUAUUCGUUUUCUUUCCUUCAAACAUAUAUGAAUGGAACAACUGGCUAAAUUUAUAAAUGCGGACAUAAUUUUCAUCUCGGUUAACUCAUCUCUGCGGAAAAUGUUCGUUUUAUGCGUUGUGUUGCUAUUAAUAAUAGACCAAAGUUGCUGCUUUGACGUAGGUGACAGUUUCAUGGACGUCAAGAUUGUGGAGGGGAAGUUAGAUGGCAGCGCAGCCUCUAUGAUGCUCAACAACACUUUGGAGAUUGUGGUGCAUUACCCUCAAUCGAGAACACACAACCCUUUCAGGAUAAGGGUAUGGAGCACGGGAGCCGACCAAACGCAUCCCAUACUCGUGGUGGUGAAUCAGGAAAACCAGGUCCUUUCCUGGGAAGUGCCCCUAACCAUUUCCAUCGGAAACUACGCCGAUCUGUUCUUCAAGAACACCUCCAGGACGCUGUGCCACAGCUCCAUGAAGAAGAUAAGCCGUCUGUCCAAAACUGCCCUUCUGGAGCACCCCGACCACGACCACUUCUCCCAGCAAUUCCUAGUGUCUCUCACCACGCAGUCUGACGAAUCAGUGGAUGUCCAUAUAGCGGCGGAGGAAGAGAAAGAUUUCCACGUUAGGGAAGACGUCAAUUAUACCUUAUCGGUGACAGCCAGCGAAAGUAGGUACGUCUAUUACAAGUUCGACAAGACGACAGAAACGGUGAUGGUACAAAUUUCAUCCUCAGACGACGUUUGUCUGGCGGUUUCUGUCCAGGACAGUGACUGUCCAGUUUUCGACUUGAAUGAAAACAUCAAAUACGAAGGAAAGUACCAGUCGAUGACCAGAAAAGGAGCCUUAACAGUGACGAAAAACGAAUUCGAAGAUGGUUUUUUCCUGGUCUUCAUAGCCAGACCUGACAAUUACGAAUGCAACAUACAAACGAGGAGACGGGUCAAAUCUGGUCUCAUCCAGGUUCUCAGCGAAUUCCCCAACAGAACUUCGACGCUCUCCUUCAAGAUACGGAAGACGUUGAGCAGAGCCGACUAUGUGAAACCGAUACUGAUCAUAAUAGGGAUUAUUUUCGCAUUUUUCGCUUUCGCUAUAAUUCUGGUGUAUCUGUUCUUCCUCUUCGGUAGCGUUAAGGACGUAGUCAAUCUGGAAGAUCAAGAGGCGCAAAUCCAUGACGAGUUGCAGAAAAGGAACACCACGGAGAUAAAAGAGCUUCUGGAGACGACCAAGCUGAACGUCAAGAUGGUCUCGAGGUACCCGGUGAAGACCAAGAAGAGGUCCUUCAAUUAUCUCUGGCACGUGUUGAGCGUUUCCAUAUUCUACGGCAUUCCGGUUGUUCAGCUGGUGACGACUUAUCAGAGGAUGGUCAACAAAACCGGAAACCAGGACCUGUGCUACUACAAUUUCUUCUGCGCUCAUCCUCUGUUAGGUUUCAGCGAUUUCAACCAUAUAUUCUCGAACAUAGCGUACAUUCUGCUUGGGGGUCUCUUCAUGUUCGUGGUGCUUCAUAGACAUAAUACUAUACCGGAGAGGCAGGGUGUUGGAAUACCGGAACACUAUGGGAUUUACUAUGCCAUGGGUGUUUCUUUGAUCAUCGAAGGUCUCUUAUCGGCUUGCUAUCACAUUUGUCCAAGCCAAUCAAAUUAUCAGUUCGAUACCAGUUUCAUGUAUGUAAUGGCAGUCUUAUGCUCAGUCAAACUGUACCAGAACCGCCAUUCCGACAUAAACGCCACAGCCUACUCCACUUUCACCAUACUAGGUCUCCUUAUAUUUGUUGCUAUGAUUGGCAUACUUCAUAGCCACUUCCUCAUCUGGUUAUCCUUCUACGUGGGUUACAUAGGCUUGUGCUUGUAUUUAUCCUUCAAAAUCUACUUCCUCAGCUACGUCAUCCAGGGUUUCAAGAAGGUCGAGGAGGAGAUUCACCUGACAGGUUUAACGAAGAAGACCUUCACUCCAAAUAAGAAAGUUAGAUUCGUCCUGUUGAUACUAGCGAACGGCGUGAAUAUGGCAAUGCUCCUUCUGGGUUUGUGUCUGUAUUCUGUGGAUGCGACCGAUUUUGGCAGCUUCCUCCUGCUGAUCCUCCUGGGAAACGCGAUUUUACACACCAUUUUCUACACUUGCAUGAAGCUGAUUCACGGGGAGAGGUUAUGCAUAGAAGCCAUCGUUUAUGGGAUACUGAGUCUAGCGGUGUGGACACUCAGCGCUUUGUACUUCUUCGAUAAGUCCACCCUGUGGAUGGUCACUCCCGCGGAGUCCAGAAACUGGAACCAGGAAUGCGUCUUGCUGGAGUUUUUCGAUAAGCACGACAUCUGGCAUCUGUUGAGCGCGCCGGCCCUCUAUUUCACCUUCAUGCUGCUGCUAUGUCUGGACGACGAUCUGGUGCAAACUCCGCAAGAAAGCAUUCCAGUAUUCUGAAUUAUCUCCCGUUUAUAUUUACCGGAAUUCCAUGUACGAUUUCAUAGAAACCUGACAGGGUACAAAGGUGGCAACUAGAUACUAGCUCUAUUUAUGUGUUCAUUAGUGAAAUAAUAAUCGAUGUAUCGAAAUAUCGAUCUUCAAGUAUAAGAAAAAAAUAUUGAUUUUG